CUGUCGCCAGGCUCCGUCAGUCUUACGUCUCACUGCCUGCUCAACGGCACACAGCCGCUCAGCCGUCAACUCCAUCACUUCUUUCUUGAUUCGAGAUUUUUCCUUUUCAUUUUUCGGCUUCUUCGGCUACCCGCUCAACUCGAAGCACGACUUGGGCACUUCGCUCCGCAGCGUUGUAUGGAUAAUCCGAGUGCGCCGAGCUCAUUUCUGCCCUAUCUGAGAAGAAGCGCACGGUGGAAAACGAUCAUCAACACGAAAGCAAAGCAGCCGUGAUCCGCGGACAUACGGCGCAUCAUGAGAAUACUACAGCUGCCAAUAAGGGAGGACCUGGCAUGGACCGCUGUGUCUAAAUGAAGUGGUUCAGCCAUGCAAUGUUCCUGGAAGGCAGUGAUUCUGCUGGCCUUGGCCUCCAUCGCCAUCCAGUACACCGCCAUCCGGACACUCACCUCCAAGCCUUUCCAGCUGUGCCCCUUGCCCAGCCCACAGAACUGUGGCCUGGGCGGCCAGGAGACAGAACCUCCCUUUGAGCGGGGAGCAGCAGGUGGCGGCGGCUGCGAUGACUACCCUUACUUUUCCAUCAAUGCCACCCGUAAGACCCACAUCUUGGUCCUGGCCACCACCCGCAGCGGCUCCUCCUUUGUUGGCCAGCUGCUCAACCAGCAUCAGGAGGUGUUCUACCUGUUCGAGCCUCUUUACCACGUUCAGACCACACUGAUUCCCCGCCUGUCGCACAGCCGCAACUCUGCCGACCGCCGAGUGAUGCUGGGCGCGAGUCGGGAUCUCCUGCGAAGCCUGUACGGUUGUGACCUCUAUUUCCUGGAGAGCUACAUCAAGCCCACGCCCACCAACCACACCACGGACAAGCUGUUCCGCCGCGGUGCCAGCCGGGCACUGUGCCAGCAACCUGUGUGUGACGCUUUCGGUCCCACUGAUGUUAAUGUGGAGGAGGGGGAUUGUGUCAAGAAGUGUGCAGCUCUAAAUAUGACUUUAGCGGCGGAGGCAUGCCGGGAGAAGCGGUACGUGGCCAUCAAGAUCGUCCGGGUGCCAGAGAUCGGAGACCUGCGCGCCUUGGUGGAGGACCCGCGCCUGAAUAUUAAGGUGAUCCAGCUUGUCAGAGACCCUCGUGGCAUCCUGUCAUCGCGGAUUGAGACGUUCAGGGAUACGUAUCGUCUGUGGCGCAUUUGGAGGGCCACGGGGCGGAGGCCCUACAAUCUCGACCUGAGUCAGCUCACGGUCGUCUGCGAAGACUUUCUCAGUUCCGUGUCCACUGGCCUCAGUCAUCCAUAUUGGCUGAAAGGGAAAUACAUGUUGGUUCGCUAUGAGGAUUUGGCUAGAAACCCGCUGCUCAAGACAAAGGAGAUGUACGACUACCUGGGGCUGCCUAUGGAUAAAAACGUGGAAGACUGGAUACAUGCAAACACUAGGGGCAGCAACGAGCCUUCGGCGAAACACAAGUUUGGUACAGUGAGGGACUCGGCGGCGAACGCGGAAAGUUGGCGUUUGAAACUGUCGUACGACAUGGUAGAGUACACACAGACCGUGUGUCAGAAAGUACUCCACCAGCUGGGAUACAAGGCUGUGAAAUCAGUGGAGGAGUUGAAAAACAUGUCCCUCUCACUGGUACAGGACAAAACUUUUGUACCUUUUUUGUAACAAAGAUAGUUCUCUAAUGACUAUUUUUGAUAUAUUUAUAAAUGUUGCCUUAUAGUUUCCUUAGUUCGUUUUGUUUGUUUGUUUGUUUGUUCCUGUAAUUUUGUUUCUUCAAAUUUGCACUAAACUUUAAAGAUCCUGAAUGCACCGAGGGAACUGCGGAUAAGUCCCCAAUGUUACAGAACAGCACACUUUAAAGUCAAAGUAAUCAAAAGAAGCUAGUUUACAAAAUGUCUCAUUAUUUACUGUCCCACGACGGAUUGAUGAAUAGAACAAAAACGAGACGAGGCGCCGUCUCCAUUAAUUUCCUGUAUGCAAGCUGUCGUUUCAACUCAAGUAAAUUGUCGCCCUUCAAGUCAUGGCGGUGGGGAGGAGGGAUCUGGUCUGUGAAGCAAACGUGUGUUUUUUUUUUUUUUUUUUUUUUUUUUUUUUUUUUUUUUAGACCUGUGAUGACAAAAUUGGACUGUACAAGCCCUACUGUGCAAUAAAUAGUGAAUGUCGCAGUCAACCUUUACCACUAUGGCAUUUCUAUCCAUGUGGGAGCAGAAGAGAUGCUUGUGGCAGAUGUCACACUGCAAAGGAUAAUUGCAGACAAUUAAUGGGCACUCUAGUCGGAGGAACAGCGUCCCACCGGCUGUCAUGAGCGUUCAUCACAGGAUUAAGAGCAAACUGUGAUGGACAAACACAACUAAUGAGCGGUAAUGCUGCAAUCCUCCUUAGGUAUUUCUCCAUUAGGUCACAUAUUUGAAGAUAAUUACAUCAUUAUAAAUACAAAUGUGGAUGUUGCCCAUAAAACUGCCAGGUCCAGAUCAUUUGGAGUGUGAACGUUACACAGCCUCUUCUGUCUUUUAACUAUGAAUGCGUAGACUUCUCCCGUGUAAGGCCUGUGGAUGAUACACACUUUGAAAAAUUAAUUCACCUGAUAAACAUCAAAAGGUCUCACUUG